GCAGUCUCAGGAGUGCACGUGUUGCCCUCCGCCUUGCUUCCUGCAACGCUUGACGUGCACCUUUCUUGCACUGAGGCUGCGAGCCGCGGUAAUUCUCCUUAGUGAAUUCGAUCGCAUUAAUCACUGGUUCAUGACGCUACCGACGCACCUGCUUGGUGUACCUGCAGUAGAUAUCGUAGGCGUGUGUGAAAAGGGAUAUUGGGGAGUGAAUCGCAUACAUAGCUAUACCGUCUGAUCUUGGUAUCUCACUGGACCGAGUGACAAUGGGGCAAUGUUACCACAGAAACGUCUAACCUCCGUAGGAUAAACAGACAAUCACGACAGUGACAGAGUAGGAAAGUGCCAGACAGUAGUGGUCAGUGUCAAUGGUCCCCAGAAGACUUGACGGAAACUUCACUAUGAAUCAGCUGAAGAUGCGACGGUCUCUGAUGCUGUUAAUCAUCUUCCUGCUCGUGGCAGAGAGCGAAUCUUACGACCCCGAGGCGAGUAUCACAGGACUCUACACAGGACCUUACUUCGACCCUCUGGCCCCACGGAACAUGACGGCACAUCUUGGUGACGAAGCUACGCUCCCCUGCACCGUCCGACAGCUUGGUGAUAAAUCGGUCUCGUGGGUGCGCAUGCGCGACGCUGAUAUCCUGACGGUGGACCGCUACACGUUCGUAGGAGACGAGAGGUUCGAGUCUCACUACUCUACAGCGACAGAGACGUGGAACUUGGUGAUCAAGUACGUGCAGGAGCGUGACGCGGGCCUCUACGAGUGCCAGGUCUCCACGGAACCCAAGAUGAGUCAACUCUUCAGCCUCCGAGUCGUCAUUCCCAAGGUGGUGAUCGUACCUGUGGGUGACAGGUACGUCAAGGCUGGAAGUACGGUACGGGUUGACUGUCAGAUCACAGACGUGGUGCAGCUCCCUGACUACAUCUUCUGGUACCAUGAGGACAAGCGAGUCAUGGAUAGACGUGAUCCCAACCUCUUGGUAACUGUCAAGCGAACCGGCGUGGAAGCCAUCACCUCAACCUUGACCAUCCACAAAGUUCGUCAGGAGCAGAGCGGCAACUUCACCUGCAUGCCCUCGAACCUGCACGCUGCCUCCGUCACCCUCCACGUCCUGAAUGCAGAGAAGCACCCGGAAGCGAUGCAAGGUGAACGAAACAGCGCACGGGCCAUUGAAGCUAAGUUUCAAGUCACCCUCUUCGUCCUCCUCUGUGUACUCAUCUGCACCUAUUCCUUCGGACUUAAUGAAGAAAAUGGGUCGCGAGUUAAGAAGAGAUCCUUGGAUCUUGACUUAUCAUCUGAGUCUCCGAUGGUACCUUCCCUCUCCUCUUCCUCCUCCUCCUCCUCCUCUUCCACUUUCUCUUCAGAAUCGCUUCCCUUCGCCACCUCCUUCAUCUCCAGCAGUCGUCAAGCGCUCGCCACAAUCGCCUUUGAUCCUGAGAAGCUAAGGACUUUUGAAGUUCUUCGCGGGCUUCUGAAAGUCAACGCUCUUCAUCUGAUACAAGAAGCGCUUAUCGGGCUUGAGGAUCGGGUCGCGAAAGCACAGAACCAAGGUUACUUGAGAAUGGCUCCUGGCGGUGCUGCUGCUGCUGCUGCUGCUGCUGGUGACUUUAACCGUUGGGCCACAGAACGCUCUGUGGCUAUCCAGCCCUUAACGUUCUCUAGGGAUUUUCAGAAUUUCCUUGUGGAAGCUUCUGGUGGAGGUUUAGCUCUCGUCCACACGGAAAAGGAGACUGAUGAAGAGGAGGGAAAAAAGUCAUCUUUUCAAAUUAAUUUCGCAAAGAAUCAAGUCUUCUCCGUCGUAAAUGUCGACAUGAGCCGAAGCUUCCGACGGUGUGCGACAGAAGCCAGAAGUCGGUGAUCGCCGCAGCAGACUUCCUCAACUCCUCUGUACAUAUUACGUGUAAAUAAAUAUAUGAUUUUUAUGUGUACAUAUAGAGUCGUACAAAAUAUAUUUCCCCUGUUAGCCUUUAGCAGUGGAUCAACCAUGGGAAGUGUCGUUUUGUAAAACGUUUAUAAAAACAAAGUUUAACAGCAGGACUGGAAAUUCCAGGCUGAAGGAGCAUGAACUCCAAUAUACCAGUGUAAAUAAAUCAACUCUCGCUAGUCUUGAUUUAAAAAGAGGCUCUUAGUGUGGCUUUAAAAUUUGGAGUCUCCAGAAAUAUGAUUUCAAAUAAUACAAGGCUCAAAUAAACACUGUUUUUCUUUGGUUAUUGUAAAAUGGAAAAAUUAGUGAAGCAUUUGUAUAUUUAUUUCUCAUUUACCAACUUGCUAGAAGAUGUAUACGAAUGUGUAUUCCAUGUUGUUUGAAAUAUAUCAAGAACAAAACACCCGAGUCUUCUGUCUUUACAAGUGCAUAGCAACGUUGAUGCAGUGACCAAAUGCACCGAAAUCCAUUCUAAUUUGCUUGUGAAAUGAUGGUAAGUCACCGGGACGUUCAUGUAUUGCAACAUUACCUACAUAUAUUGAACAGAACACCGGGUCAAGAAUUUAUGUACUGUUAAGCUGAAAAUCCAUCACAAGAUCUAGUAACUGACAGCUUAUAAGCUCGACUCGUUAGAAAAAUUUGUUAUUGAAAGUCGCAAUUGUUUGCUCAACGUUUAACGAUAUUCUUGUGUCCAUUCGUUAAUCUGCUGAAAAAGUCUAUUAAGAAGAGUAUUUGGUAGCUUUUGCUCUCAGUUUCUGAAUGCAUUCCGACACUACGCAUGGAACAGAAGGUCUGGAGGUGUUUGUUUGUUCUAGGUCUAGAAUUCAUGAAACAUUUAUGAAACCUUCACGGCUCCUACGAAUUGUUUUUCUCAGUUUUGUAACCCGGUACGAACCUGUACAUCUUUUCUUAAUCAUGAGAACUUUACUUACAUUGAACUUCACGAAACUUCACAACCCAAGAUUAUUGUUACAAACAACCUUGUAGUGCUUCGUAGCUCGUAAACUGUUUAAUCAAUGAAAACAACGCAGCUAUGAUUAAGGAAAGAUGAACAGGUUUCGUAAAGUGAUUGCGUAAAUGUUUCAUGAUCUCUAGUCCUGGAACAAGCACCGGCAGACCUGCUAUGGUAGGCAUAAUAUAAGAAUGCGUUCAGAAACUCAAAGCAAAUACUACCAAAUACUUCUCUUCUAAAGGGGGCGUUAGGCUGCCCCUUUACGUGUCACAGAACAUUAGAUCAGAAGAACAAAUCCACAAUGGCCGUGAUGAGGGUUCGAACCUACGUCCGAAAGGAUCCUAGACCCCUCACGGCCCUUGUGGAUUUGUUCACUUGAUGCAUCAUUCUACUGUGAUUUCUGUGUGAAAUUAGAUCAGAAGGUCGCUUUUUGGUGUGCUUCGUGAACAUAUGGCACACUUGGUUGAACAUAUUGCCCACCUGGGUGAACAUAUUGUUCAACUGGGUGAACAUAUUGUUCAACUGGGUGAACAUAUUGCACAUUUGGUAAACAUGUACGGCAUCUAAAAGAUAUAUAUAUUGUAUACACAAAAGACUCGAGUGUUUUGUUCAACUUACUUGUUUCAGUAAAGGGAUUAACGACUGAGUUAAGUCUUUCUGUGUUGGCUGUUCGCUAUUUACUACUUUCUCUGAGACAACUAAUAUUUAUUACCCUGUAAAAUAAUCCACAUGACAUUGAGCUUUCUGUGUAGAUUAAUAAAUGUUUAUUAUGCUAUUCGAUCCAAAGGAAAAGUGAUUUGAGAAUAAUUUUGUAAAAGGUUAAAUGCUGAAAGUUUAUAAUUAUAUAUAUAU